AUGCAUCGUGGGAAACAGCAGCUUCAGAUUCUAAUCCGUCGCAGUCCGUCACACGUCCGUCAUCAACCGUCACACGUCCGUCACACGUCUGUCACACGUCAAUCACACGUCCGUCAUACGUCCGUCAUACAUCCGUUGUACAUCCGUCACACGUCUGUCACACGUCAAUCACACGUCCGUCAUACGUCCGUCAUACAUCCGUCGUACGUCCGUCACACGUCCGUCACACGUCCGUCGAACGUUGAUCGCACGUCCGUCAAACGUCUGUCACACGUCGAUCACACGUCCGUCAUACGUCCGUCACACGUCCGUCACACGUCUGUCACACGUCCGUCACACGUCCGUCACACGUCAGUCACACGUCGAUCACACGUCCGUCAUACGUCCGUCACACGUCAGUCACACGUCCGUCAUACGUCCGUCACACGUCAGUCACACGUCUGUCACACGUCAAUCACACGUCCGUCACACGUCAGUCACACGUCCGUCACACGUCAGUCACACGUCCGUCACACGUCAGUCACACGUCUGUCACACGUCGAUCACACGUCCGUCAUACGUCCGUCACACGUCAGUCACACGUCCGUCAUACGUCUGUCACACGUCAGUCACACGUCCGUCACACGUCAGUCACACGUCUGUCACACGUCAAUCACACGUCCGUCGAACGUUGAUCGCACGUCCGUCAAACGUCUGUCACACGUCGAUCACACGUCCGUCAUACGUCCGUCACACGUCCGUCACACGUCUGUCACACGUCCGUCAUACGUCCGUCACACGUCAGUCACACGUCGAUCACACGUCCGUCAUACGUCCGUCACACGUCAGUCACACGUCCGUCAUACGUCCGUCACACGUCAGUCACACGUCUGUCACACGUCAAUCACACGUCCGUCACACGUCAGUCACACGUCCGUCACACGUCAGUCACACGUCCGUCACACGUCAGUCACACGUCUGUCACACGUCGAUCACACGUCCGUCAUACGUCCGUCACACGUCAGUCACACGUCCGUCAUACGUCUGUCACACGUCAGUCACACGUCCGUCACACGUCAGUCACACGUCUGUCACACGUCAAUCACACGUCCGUCACACGUCAAUCACACGUCCGUCACACGUCUGUCACACGUCCGUCAUUCGUCCGUCAAACGUCAGUCACACGUCCGUCACACGUCAAUCACACGUCCGUCACACGUCAGUCACACGUCCGUCACACGUCCGUCACACGUCAAUCACACGUCCGUCACACGUCUGUCACACGUCCGUCACACGUCCGUCACACGUCCGUCACACGUCCGUCACACGUCAGUCACACGUCAGUCACACGUCAGUCACACGUCUGUCACACGUCAGUCACACGUCCGUCACACGUCAGUCACACGUCUGUCACACGUCAAUCACACGUCCGUCACACGUCAAUCACACGUCCGUCACACGUCUGUCACACGUCCGUCAUUCGUCCGUCACACGUUAGUCACACGUCCGUCACACGUCAAUCACACGUCCGUCACACGUCAGUCACACGUCCGUCACACGUCAAUCACACGUCCGUCACACGUCUGUCACACGUCCGUCAUACGUCCGUCACACGUCAGUCACACGUCGAUCACACGUCCGUCACACGUCCGUCACACGUCCGUCAUACGUCCGUCACACGUCAGUCACACGUCAGUCACACGUCGAUCACACGUCCGUCAUACGUCCGUCACACGUCCGUCAUACGUCCGUCACACGUCAGUCACACGUCUGUCACACGUCAAUCACACGUCCGUCACACGUCAGUCACACGUCCGUCACACGUCUGUCACACGUCCGUCAUACGUCCGUCACAGUCCGUCACACGUCCGUCACACGUCAGUCACACGUCGAUCACACGUCCGUCAUACGUCCGUCAUACGUCCGUCACACGUCAGUCACACGUCUGUCACACGUCAAUCACACGUCCGUCACACGUCAGUCACACGUCCGUCACACGUCUGUCACACGUCCGUCAUACGUCCGUCACACGUCCGUAACACGUACGUCACACGUCUGUCACACGUCCGUCACACGUCCGUCAAACGUCCGUCACACGUCCGUCAUACGUCCGUCACACGUCCGUCAUACGUCCGUCACACGUCCGUCACACGUCCGUCACACGUCCGUCACACGUCCGUCAAUUGUCCGUCACAGUCCGUCACACGUCCGUCACACGUCCGUCACACGUCCGUCAAACGUCAGUCAAACGUCCGUCACACGUCCGUCAUACCUCCGUUAUACGUCCGUCACACGUCCGUCACACGUCCGUCACAUGUCCGUCACACGUCCGUCAUAUGUCCGACACACGUCCGUCAUACCUCCGUUAUACGUUCGUCACACGUCCGUCACACGUCCGUCACACGUCCGUCACACGUCUGUCACCUGUCAAUCACACGUCCGUCAUACGUCCGUCACACGUCCGUCAUACGUCUGUCAUACGUCUGUCAUACGUCCGUCAUACGUCAGUCACACGUCAGUCACACGUCAGUCACACGUCCGUCAUACGUCAGUCACACGUCAGUCACACGUCCGUCAUACGUCAGUCACACGUCCGUCAUACGUCAGUCACACGUCCGUCAUACGUCAGUCACACGUCUGUCAUACGUCAGUCAUACGUCAGUCACACGUCUGUCAUACGUCAGUCACACGUCCGUCAUACGUCAGUCACCCGUCCGUCACACGUCUGUCACACGUCCGUCAUACAUCCGUCAGUCAUACGUCAGUCACCCGUCCGUCACACGUCUGUCACUCGUCCGUCAUACAUCCGUCAUACGUCAGUCACACGUCUGUCAUACGUCAGUCACACGUCCGUCAUACGUCAGUCACCCGUCCGUCACACGUCUGUCACUCGUCCGUCAUACAUCCGUCAUACGUCAGUCACACGUCUGUCAUACUCACACGUCGAUCACACGUCCGUCACACGUCCGUCACACGUCCGUCACACGUCCGUCAUACGUCCGUCACACGUCAGUCACACGUCAGUCACACGUCAGUCACACGUCUGUCACACGUCAGUCACACGUCCGUCACACGUCAGUCACACGUCUGUCACACGUCAAUCACACGUCGAUCACACGUCCGUCACACGUCCGUCACACGUCCGUAUCACGUCCGUCACACGUCAGUCACACGUCAGUCACACGUCAAUCACACGUCCGUCAUACGUCCGUCACACGUCCGUCAUACGUCCGUCACACGUCAGUCACACGUCUGUCACACGUCAAUCACAUGUCCGUCACACGUCAGUCACACGUCCGUCACACGUCUGUCACACGUCCGUCAUACGUCCGUCACAGUCCGUCACACGUCCGUCACACGUCAGUCACACGUCGAUCACACGUCCGUCAUACGUCCGCGUCAUACGUCCGUUACACGUCAGUCACACGUCUGUCACACGUCAAUCACACGUCCGUCACACGUCAGUCACACGUCCGUCACACGUCUGUCACACGUCCGUCAUACGUCCGUCACAGUCCGUCACACGUCCGUAACACGUUCGUCACACGUCUGUCACACGUCCGUCACACGUCCGUCAAACGUCCGUCACACGUCCGUCAUACGUCCGUCACACGUCCGUCACACGUCCGUCACACGUCCGUCACACGUCCGUCACACGUCCGUCAAUUGUCCGUCACAGUCCAUCACACGUCCGUCACACGUCCGUCAGACGUCCGUCACACGUCCGUCACACGUCCGUCACACGUCCGUCACACGUCCGUCAAACGUCUGUCACACGUCCGUCAUACCUCCGUUAUACGUCCGUCACACGUCCGUCACACGUCCGUCACAUGUCCGUCACACGUCCGUCAUACGUCCGACACACGUCCGUCAUACCUCCGUUAUACGUUCGUCACACGUCCGUCACACGUCCGUCACACGUCCGUCACACGUCUGUCACAUGUCAAUCACACGUCCGUCAUACGUCCGUCACACGUCCGUCAUACGUCUGUCAUACGUCUGUCAUACGUCCGUCAUACGUCAGUCACACGUCAGUCACACGUCCGUCACACGUCCGUCAAACGUCCGUCACACGUCCGUCAUACGUCCGUCACACGUCCGUCAUACGUCCGUCACACGUCCGUCACACGUCCGUCACACGUCCGUCACACGUCCGUCAAUUGUCCGUCACAGUCCGUCACACGUCCGUCACACGUCCGUCACACGUCCGUCACACGUCCGUCACACGUCCGUCAAACGUCCGUCACACGUCCGUCAUACCUCCGUUAUACGUCCGUCACACGUCCGUCACACGUCCGUCACACGUCCGUCACACGUCCGUCAUACGUCCGUCACACGUCCGUCACACGUCCGUCACACGUCCGUCACACGUCCGUCACACGUCCGUCAAUUGUCCGUCACAGUCCGUCACACGUCCGUCAUACGUCCGUCACAGUCCGUCACACGUCCGUCACACGUCAGUCACACGUCGAUCACACGUCCGUCAUACGUCCGUCAUACGUCCGUCACACGUCAGUCACACGUCUGUCACACGUCAAUCACACGUCCGUCACACGUCAGUCACACGUCCGUCACACGUCUGUCACACGUCCGUCAUACGUCCGUCACAGUCCGUCACACGUCCGUAACACGUUCGUCACACGUCUGUCACACGUCCGUCACACGUCCGUCAAACGUCCGUCACACGUCCGUCAUACGUCCGUCACACGUCCGUCAUACGUCCGUCACACGUCCGUCACACGUCCGUCACACGUCCGUCAAUUGUCCGUCACAGUCCGUCACACGUCCGUCACACGUCCGUCACACGUCCGUCACACGUCCGUCACACGUCCGUCAAACGUCCGUCACACGUCCGUCAUACCUCCGUUAUACGUCCGUCACACGUCUGUCACACGUCCGUCACAUGUCCGUCACACGUCCGUCAUACGUCCGACACACGUCCGUCAUACCUCCGUUAUACGUUCGUCACACGUCCGUCACACGUCCGUCACACGUCCGUCACACGUCUGUCACCUGUCAAUCACACGUCCGUCAUACGUCCGUCACACGUCCGUCAUACGUCUGUCAUACGUCUGUCAUACGUCCGUCAUACGUCAGUCACACGUCAGUCACACGUCAGUCACACGUCCGUCAUACGUCAGUCACACGUCAGUCACACGUCCGUCAUACGUCAGUCACACGUCCGUCAUACGUCAGUCACACGUCCGUCAUACGUCAGUCACACGUCUGUCAUACGUCAGUCAUACGUCAGUCACACGUCUGUCAUACGUCAGUCACACGUCCGUCAUACGUCAGUCACCCGUCCGUCACACGUCUGUCACACGUCCGUCAUACAUCCGUCAGUCAUACGUCAGUCACCCGUCCGUCACACGUCUGUCACUCGUCCGUCAUACAUCCGUCAUACGUCAGUCACACGUCUGUCAUACGUCAGUCACACGUCCGUCAUACGUCAGUCACCCGUCCGUCACACGUCUGUCACUCGUCCGUCAUACAUCCGUCAUACUCACACGUCCGUCACACGUCAGUCACACGUCUGUCACACGUCAAUCACACGUCGAUCACACGUCCGUCACACGUCCGUCAUACGUCCGUCACACGUCAGUCACACGUCAGUCACACGUCGAUCACACGUCCGUCAUACGUCCGUCACACGUCCGUCAUACGUCCGUCACACGUCAGUCACACGUCUGUCACACGUCAAUCACAUGUCCGUCACACGUCAGUCACACGUCCGUCACACGUCUGUCACACGUCCGUCAUACGUCCGUCACAGUCCGUCACACGUCCGUCACACGUCAGUCACACGUCGAUCACACGUCCGUCAUACGUCCGUCAUACGUCCGUCACACGUCAGUCACACGUCUGUCACACGUCAAUCACACGUCCGUCACACGUCAGUCACACGUCCGUCACACGUCUGUCACACGUCCGUCAUACGUCCGUCACAGUCCGUCACACGUCCGUAACACGUUCGUCACACGUCUGUCACACGUCCGUCAAACGUCCGUCACACGUCCGUCAUACGUCCGUCACACGUCCGUCACACGUCCGUCACACGUCCGUCACACGUCCGUCACACGUCCGUCACACGUCCGUCAAUUGUCCGUCACAGUCCAUCACACGUCCGUCACACGUCCGUCAGACGUCCGUCACACGUCCGUCACACGUCCGUCACACGUCCGUCACACGUCCGUCAAACGUCUGUCACACGUCCGUCAUACCUCCGUUAUACGUCCGUCACACGUCCGUCACACGUCCGUCACAUGUCCGUCACACGUCCGUCAUACGUCCGACACACGUCCGUCAUACCUCCGUUAUACGUUCGUCACACGUCCGUCACACGUCCGUCACACGUCCGUCACACGUCUGUCACAUGUCAAUCACACGUCAGUCACACGUCGAUCACACGUCCGUCAUACGUCCGUCACACGUCCGUCAUACGUCCGUCACACGUCAGUCACACGUCUGUCACACGUCAAUCACAUGUCCGUCACACGUCAGUCACACGUCCGUCACACGUCUGUCACACGUCCGUCAUACGUCCGUCACAGUCCGUCACACGUCCGUCACACGUCAGUCACACGUCGAUCACACGUCCGUCAUACGUCCGUCAUACGUCCGUCAUACGUCGUCACACGUCAGUCACACGUCUGUCACACGUCAAUCACACGUCCGUCACACGUCAGUCACACGUCCGUCACACGUCUGUCACACGUCCGUCAUACGUCCGUCACAGUCCGUCACACGUCCGUAACACGUACGUCACACGUCUGUCACACGUCCGUCACACGUCCGUCAAACGUCCGUCACACGUCCGUCAUACGUCCGUCACACGUCCGUCAUACGUCCGUCACACGUCCGUCACACGUCCGUCACACGUCCGUCACACGUCCGUCACACGUCCGUCAAACGUCCGUCACACGUCCGUCAUACGUCCGUCACACGUCCGUCACACGUCCGUCACACGUCUGUCACACGUCCGUCACACGUCCGUCACACGUCAAUCACACGUCCGUCACACGUCUGUCACACGUCCGUCACACGUCAGUCACACGUCGAUCACACGUCCGUCACACGUCCGUCACACGUCCGUCAUACGUCCGUCACACGUCAGUCACACGUCAGUCACACGUCAGUCACACGUCUGUCACACGUCAGUCACACGUCCGUCACACGUCAGUCACACGUCUGUCACACGUCAAUCACACGUCGAUCACACGUCCGUCACACGUCCGUCACACGUCCGUCAUACGUCCGUCACACGUCCGUCAUACGUCCGUCACACGUCAGUCACACGUCUGUCACACGUCAAUCACAUGUCCGUCACACGUCAGUCACACGUCCGUCACACGUCUGUCACACGUCCGUCAUACGUCCGUCACAGUCCGUCACACGUCCGUCACACGUCAGUCACACGUCGAUCACACGUCCGUCAUACGUCCGUCAUACGUCCGUUACACGUCAGUCACACGUCUGUCACACGUCAAUCACACGUCCGUCACACGUCAGUCACACGUCCGUCACACGUCUGUCACACGUCCGUCAUACGUCCGUCACAGUCCGUCACACGUCCGUAACACGUUCGUCACACGUCUGUCACACGUCCGUCACACGUCCGUCAAACGUCCGUCACACGUCCGUCAUACGUCCGUCACACGUCCGUCACACGUCCGUCACACGUCCGUCACACGUCCGUCACACGUCCGUCACACGUCCGUCAAUUGUCCGUCACAGUCCAUCACACGUCCGUCACACGUCCGUCAGACGUCCGUCACACGUCCGUCACACGUCCGUCACACGUCCGUCACACGUCCGUCAAACGUCUGUCACACGUCCGUCAUACCUCCGUUAUACGUCCGUCACACGUCCGUCACACGUCCGUCACAUGUCCGUCACACGUCCGUCAUACGUCCGACACACGUCCGUCAUACCUCCGUUAUACGUUCGUCACACGUCCGUCACACGUCCGUCACACGUCCGUCACACGUCUGUCACAUGUCAAUCACACGUCCGUCAUACGUCCGUCACACGUCCGUCAUACGUCUGUCAUACGUCUGUCAUACGUCCGUCAUACGUCAGUCACACGUCAGUCACACGUCCGUCACACGUCCGUCAAACGUCCGUCACACGUCCGUCAUACGUCCGUCACACGUCCGUCAUACGUCCGUCACACGUCCGUCACACGUCCGUCACACGUCCGUCACACGUCCGUCAAUUGUCCGUCACAGUCCGUCACACGUCCGUCACACGUCCGUCACACGUCCGUCACACGUCCGUCAAACGUCCGUCACACGUCCGUCAUACCUCCGUUAUACGUCCGUCACACGUCCGUCACACGUCCGUCACACGUCCGUCACACGUCCGUCAUACGUCCGUCACACGUCCGUCACACGUCCGUCACACGUCCGUCACACGUCCGUCACACGUCCGUCAAUUGUCCGUCACAGUCCGUCACACGUCCGUCAUACGUCCGUCACAGUCCGUCACACGUCCGUCACACGUCAGUCACACGUCGAUCACACGUCCGUCAUACGUCCGUCAUACGUCCGUCACACGUCAGUCACACGUCUGUCACACGUCAAUCACACGUCCGUCACACGUCAGUCACACGUCCGUCACACGUCUGUCACACGUCCGUCAUACGUCCGUCACAGUCCGUCACACGUCCGUAACACGUUCGUCACACGUCUGUCACACGUCCGUCACACGUCCGUCAAACGUCCGUCACACGUCCGUCAUACGUCCGUCACACGUCCGUCAUACGUCCGUCACACGUCCGUCAAUUGUCCGUCACAGUCCGUCACACGUCCGUCACACGUCCGUCACACGUCCGUCACACGUCCGUCACACGUCCGUCAAACGUCCGUCACACGUCCGUCAUACCUCCGUUAUACGUCCGUCACACGUCUGUCACACGUCCGUCACAUGUCCGUCACACGUCCGUCAUACGUCCGACACACGUCCGUCAUACCUCCGUUAUACGUUCGUCACACGUCCGUCACACGUCCGUCACACGUCCGUCACACGUCUGUCACCUGUCAAUCACACGUCCGUCAUACGUCCGUCACACGUCCGUCAUACGUCUGUCAUACGUCUGUCAUACGUCCGUCAUACGUCCGUCAUACGUCAGUCACACGUCAGUCACACGUCCGUCAUACGUCAGUCACACGUCAGUCACACGUCCGUCAUACGUCAGUCACACGUCCGUCAUACGUCAGUCACACGUCCGUCAUACGUCAGUCACACGUCUGUCAUACGUCAGUCAUACGUCAGUCACACGUCAGUCACACGUCCGUCAUACGUCAGUCACACGUCCGUCAUACGUCAGUCACACGUCCGUCAUACGUCAGUCACACGUCUGUCAUACGUCAGUCAUACGUCAGUCACACGUCUGUCAUACGUCAGUCACACGUCCGUCAUACGUCAGUCACCCGUCCGUCACACGUCUGUCACACGUCCGUCAUACAUCCGUCAGUCAUACGUCAGUCACCCGUCCGUCACACGUCUGUCACUCGUCCGUCAUACAUCCGUCAUACGUCAGUCACACGUCUGUCAUACGUCAGUCACACGUCCGUCAUACGUCAGUCACCCGUCCGUCACACGUCUGUCACUCGUCCGUCAUACAUCCGUCAUACGUCAGUCACACGUCUGUCAUACGUCAGUCACACGUCCGUAACACGUCUGUCACACGUCCGUCAUACGUCCGUCACACGUCCGUCACACGUCCGUCAUACGUCCGUCACACGUCUGUCACACGUCCGUAACACGUCUGUCACACGUCCGUCAUACGUCCGUCAUACGUCCGUCACACGUCCAUCACACUCACACGUCGAUCACACGUCCGUCACACGUCCGUCACACGUCCGUCACACGUCCGUCAUACGUCCGUCACACGUCAGUCACACGUCAGUCACACGUCAGUCACACGUCUGUCACACGUCAGUCACACGUCCGUCACACGUCAGUCACACGUCUGUCACACGUCAAUCACACGUCGAUCACACGUCCGUCACACGUCCGUCAUACGUCCGUCACACGUCAGUCACACGUCAGUCACACGUCGAUCACACGUCCGUCAUACGUCCGUCACACGUCCGUCAUACGUCCGUCACACGUCAGUCACACGUCUGUCACACGUCAAUCACAUGUCCGUCACACGUCAGUCACACGUCCGUCACACGUCUGUCACACGUCCGUCAUACGUCCGUCACAGUCCGUCACACGUCCGUCACACGUCAGUCACACGUCGAUCACACGUCCGUCAUACGUCCGUCAUACGUCCGUCACACGUCAGUCACACGUCUGUCACACGUCAAUCACACGUCCGUCACACGUCAGUCACACGUCCGUCACACGUCUGUCACACGUCCGUCAUACGUCCGUCACAGUCCGUCACACGUCCGUAACACGUUCGUCACACGUCUGUCACACGUCCGUCAAACGUCCGUCACACGUCCGUCAUACGUCCGUCACACGUCCGUCACACGUCCGUCACACGUCCGUCACACGUCCGUCACACGUCCGUCACACGUCCGUCAAUUGUCCGUCACAGUCCAUCACACGUCCGUCACACGUCCGUCAGACGUCCGUCACACGUCCGUCACACGUCCGUCACACGUCCGUCACACGUCCGUCAAACGUCUGUCACACGUCCGUCAUACCUCCGUUAUACGUCCGUCACACGUCCGUCACACGUCCGUCACAUGUCCGUCACACGUCCGUCAUACGUCCGACACACGUCCGUCAUACCUCCGUUAUACGUUCGUCACACGUCCGUCACACGUCCGUCACACGUCCGUCACACGUCUGUCACAUGUCAAUCACACGUCCGUCAUACGUCCGUCACACGUCCGUCAUACGUCAGUCAAACGUCAGUCAUACGUCAGUCAUACGUCAGUCACACGUCAGUCACACGUCCGUCACACGUCCGUCAAACGUCCGUCACACGUCCGUCAUACGUCCGUCACACGUCCGUCAUACGUCCGUCACACGUCCGUCACACGUCCGUCACACGUCCGUCACACGUCCGUCAAUUGUCCGUCACAGUCCGUCACACGUCCGUCACACGUCCGUCACACGUCCGUCACACGUCCGUCACACGUCCGUCAAACGUCCGUCACACGUCCGUCAUACCUCCGUUAUACGUCCGUCACACGUCCGUCACACGUCCGUCACAUGUCCGUCACACGUCCGUCAUACGUCCGACACACGUCCGUCAUACCUCCGUUAUACGUUCGUCACACGUCCGUCACACGUCCGUCACACGUCUGUCACCUGUCAAUCACACGUCCGUCAUACGUCCGUCACACGUCCGUCAUACGUCUGUCAUACGUCUGUCAUACGUCCGUCAUACGUCAGUCACACGUCAGUCACACGUCAGUCACACGUCCGUCAUACGUCAGUCACACGUCAGUCACACGUCCGUCAUACGUCAGUCACACGUCCGUCAUACGUCAGUCACACGUCCGUCAUACGUCAGUCACACGUCUGUCAUACGUCAGUCAUACGUCAGUCACACGUCUGUCAUACGUCAGUCACACGUCCGUCAUACGUCAGUCACCCGUCCGUCACACGUCUGUCACACGUCCGUCAUACAUCCGUCAGUCAUACGUCAGUCACCCGUCCGUCACACGUCUGUCACUCGUCCGUCAUACAUUCGUCAUACGUCAGUCACACGUCUGUCAUACGUCAGUCACACGUCCGUCAUACGUCAGUCACCCGUCCGUCACACGUCUGUCACUCGUCCGUCAUACAUCCGUCAUACUCACACGUCGAUCACACGUCCGUCACACGUCCGUCACACGUCCGUCACACGUCCGUCAUACGUCCGUCACACGUCAGUCACACGUCAGUCACACGUCUGUCACACGUCAGUCACACGUCCGUCACACGUCAGUCACACGUCUGUCACACGUCAAUCACACGUCGAUCACACGUCCGUCACACGUCCGUCACACGUCCGUCAUACGUCCGUCACACGUCAGUCACACGUCAGUCACACGUCGAUCACACGUCCGUCAUACGUCCGUCACACGUCCGUCAUACGUCCGUCACACGUCAGUCACACGUCUGUCACACGUCAAUCACAUGUCCGUCACACGUCAGUCACACGUCCGUCACACGUCUGUCACACGUCCGUCAUACGUCCGUCACAGUCCGUCACACGUCCGUCACACGUCAGUCACACGUCGAUCACACGUCCGUCAUACGUCCGUCAUACGUCCGUCACACGUCAGUCACACGUCUGUCACAUGUCAAUCACACGUCCGUCACACGUCAGUCACACGUCCGUCACACGUCUGUCACACGUCCGUCAUACGUCCGUCACAGUCCGUCACACACGUCCGUAACACGUUCGUCACACGUCUGUCACACGUCCGUCACACGUCCGUCAAACGUCCGUCACACGUCCGUCAUACGUCCGUCACACGUCCGUCACACGUCCGUCACACGUCCGUCACACGUCCGUCACACGUCCGUCACACGUCGUCCGUCAAUUGUCCGUCACAGUCCAUCACACGUCCGUCACACGUCCGUCAGACGUCCGUCACACGUCCGUCACACGUCCGUCACACGUCCGUCACACGUCCGUCAAACGUCUGUCACACGUCCGUCAUACCUCCGUUAUACGUCCGUCACACGUCCGUCACACGUCCGUCACAUGUCCGUCACACGUCCGUCAUACGUCCGACACACGUCCGUCAUACCUCCGUUAUACGUUCGUCACACGUCCGUCACACGUCCGUCACACGUCUGUCACAUGUCAAUCACACGUCCGUCAUACGUCCGUCACACGUCCGUCAUACGUCUGUCAUACGUCUGUCAUACGUCCGUCAUACGUCAGUCACACGUCAGUCACACGUCAGUCACACGUCCGUCAUACGUCAGUCACACGUCAGUCACACGUCCGUCAUACGUCAGUCACACGUCCGUCAUACGUCAGUCACACGUCCGUCAUACGUCAGUCACACGUCUGUCAUACGUCAGUCAUACGUCAGUCACACGUCUGUCAUACGUCAGUCACACGUCCGUCAUACGUCAGUCACCCGUCCGUCACACGUCUGUCACACGUCCGUCAUACAUCCGUCAUACGUCAGUCAUACGUCAGUCACCCGUCCGUCACACGUCUGUCACUCGUCCGUCAUACAUCCGUCAUACGUCAGUCACACGUCUGUCAUACGUCAGUCACACGUCCGUCAUACGUCAGUCACCCGUCCGUCACACGUCUGUCACUCGUCCGUCAUACAUCCGUCAUACGUCAGUCACACGUCUGUCAUACGUCAGUCACACGUCCGUAACACGUCUGUCACACGUCCGUCAUACGUUCGUCACACGUCCGUCAUACGUCCGUCACACGUCUGUCACACGUCCGUAACACGUCUGUCACACGUCCGUCAUACGUCCGUCAUACGUCCGUCACACGUCCGUCACACGUCCGUCACACGUCCGUCACACGUCCGUCAUACGUCCGACACACGUCCGUCAUACCUCCGUUAUACGUUCGUCACACGUCCGUCACACGUCCGUCACACGUCUGUCACCUGUCAAUCACACGUCCGUCAUACGUCCGUCACACGUCCGUCAUACGUCUGUCAUACGUCUGUCAUACGUCCGUCAUACGUCAGUCACACGUCAGUCACACGUCAGUCACACGUCCGUCAUACGUCAGUCACACGUCAGUCACACGUCCGUCAUACGUCAGUCACACGUCCGUCAUACGUCAGUCACACGUCCGUCAUACGUCAGUCACACGUCUGUCAUACGUCAGUCAUACGUCAGUCACACGUCUGUCAUACGUCAGUCACACGUCCGUCAUACGUCAGUCACCCGUCCGUCACACGUCUGUCACACGUCCGUCAUACAUCCGUCAGUCAUACGUCAGUCACCCGUCCGUCACACGUCUGUCACUCGUCCGUCAUACAUUCGUCAUACGUCAGUCACACGUCUGUCAUACGUCAGUCACACGUCCGUCAUACGUCAGUCACCCGUCCGUCACACGUCUGUCACUCGUCCGUCAUACAUCCGUCAUACGUCAGUCACACGUCUGUCAUACGUCAGUCACACGUCCGUAACACGUCUGUCACACGUCCGUCAUACGUCUGUCACACGUCCGUCACACGUCCGUCAUACGUCCGUCACACGUCUGUCACACUCACACGUCCGUCACACGUCAGUCACACGUCUGUCACACGUCAAUCACACGUCGAUCACACGUCCGUCACACGUCCGUCACACGUCCGUCAUACGUCCGUCACACGUCAGUCACACGUCAGUCACACGUCGAUCACACGUCCGUCAUACGUCCGUCACACGUCCGUCAUACGUCCGUCACACACGUCAGUCACACGUCUGUCACACGUCAAUCACAUGUCCGUCACACGUCAGUCACACGUCCGUCACACGUCUGUCACACGUCCGUCAUACGUCCGUCACAGUCCGUCACACGUCCGUCACACGUCAGUCACACGUCGAUCACACGUCCGUCAUACGUCCGUCACACGUCAGUCACACGUCUGUCACAUGUCAAUCACACGUCCGUCACACGUCAGUCACACGUCCGUCACACGUCUGUCACACGUCCGUCAUACGUCCGUCACAGUCCGUCACACGUCCGUAACACGUUCGUCACACGUCUGUCACACGUCCGUCACACGUCCGUCAAACGUCCGUCACACGUCCGUCAUACGUCCGUCACACGUCCGUCACACGUCCGUCACACGUCCGUCACACGUCCGUCACACGUCCGUCACACGUCCGUCAAUUGUCCGUCACAGUCCAUCACACGUCCGUCACACGUCCGUCAGACGUCCGUCACACGUCCGCCACACGUCCGUCACACGUCCGUCACACGUCCGUCAAAACGUCUGUCACACGUCCGUCAUACCUCCGUUAUACGUCCGUCACACGUCCGUCACACGUCCGUCACAUGUCCGUCACACGUCCGUCAUACGUCCGACACACGUCCGUCAUACCUCCGUUAUACGUUCGUCACACGUCCGUCACACGUCCGUCACACGUCUGUCACAUGUCAAUCACACGUCCGUCAUACGUCCGUCACACGUCCGUCAUACGUCUGUCAUACGUCUGUCAUACGUCCGUCAUACGUCAGUCACACGUCAGUCACACGUCAGUCACACGUCCGUCAUACGUCAGUCACACGUCAGUCACACGUCCGUCAUACGUCAGUCACACGUCCGUCAUACGUCAGUCACACGUCCGUCAUACGUCAGUCACACGUCUGUCAUACGUCAGUCAUACGUCAGUCACACGUCUGUCAUACGUCAGUCACACGUCCGUCAUACGUCAGUCACCCGUCCGUCACACGUCUGUCACACGUCCGUCAUACAUCCGUCAUACGUCAGUCAAACGUCAGUCACCCGUCCGUCACACGUCUGUCACUCGUCCGUCAUACAUCCGUCAUACGUCAGUCACACGUCUGUCAUACGUCAGUCACACGUCCGUCAUACGUCAGUCACCCGUCCGUCACACGUCUGUCACUCGUCCGUCAUACAUCCGUCAUACGUCAGUCACACGUCUGUCAUACGUCAGUCACACGUCCGUAACACGUCUGUCACACGUCCGUCAUACGUCCGUCACACGUCCGUCAUACGUCCGUCACACGUCUGUCACACGUCCGUAACACGUCUGUCACACGUCCGUCAUACGUCCGUCAUACGUCCGUCACACGUCCAUCACACGUCUGUCACACGUCUGUCACACGUCCGUAACACGUCCGUCACACGUCCGUCACACGUCAAUCACACGUCCGUCACACGUCCGUAA